AUGCUCGUGCAGGUGAGCUUCGGCUACUGGCGCCUCUGCGCCCGGGCGCGGCGCGCGGCCGCGACUCCCGUCGCCGCGGCGCCGCUGCCGGGCGACGCGCUGCUCUCCGUCGUCAUCCCCGCCUACCGCGAGGCCGCGACCAUCGAGGCGACGCUGCGGCGCGUGCUGUCCGCGGCGGCGGACCCGCGGCGCGUCGAGGUCGUCGUCGUCGACGCCGGCGGCGGCGACGGCACCAUGGCCGCGGCGCGCGCCGUCGCGGCGGACCUCGCGCCGACGCUCCGCGUCGACUGCGCGCCGUCGUCGCGGGGCGGCCGGGGCCCGGCCGUCGCCGCCGGCGCGCGCGCGGCGCGCGGCGCCGCGCUCCUCGUGCUCCACGGCGACACGCGCCUGCCGUCGGGCUUCGACGCGGACGUCCUGGCCGCUUUGCGGGAUCCGAAGACGUUGGCCACGUGCUUCCGCUUCGGCGUCGACCGCCUCGCCCUCGACGGCGCCCUAAAGUCGCCGCGCGGGUCGCUGUUGCGCCGGCUCCAGGAGCUGCCCUUCGCCGUCAUGGAGGCCACCGUCGCGUUGCGGUCGCGCGUCCUGCAGCUGCCCUUCGGCGACCAGGCGCUGGCCCUCCGGCGCGACACCUUCGAGGCGCUCGGCGGCUUCGACGACCUCGCCAAACUGCCCAUCCUCGAGGACUUCCUCCUCGUCCACAAGUUACGGGUGGCGGGCGCGCGCGGGUUCGGGACCAUCGCGAACCUUUCCACGACGGCGCACUGCCACCCGCGGCGCUGGCUCGCGAAGCCCGUCUGGCGCGUCAACUGGACGAACCAGCGCGUCAUGGUCCUCUUCACCUAUUUCGGCUACACGCCCCUCGACAUCUACGAGCUCUACUACGGCACGCGCGACGGCGCGACGUGA